CAAUCCUCUUGAAUACCCCAUAGCAAGCAACAUACACAAGCAUCAAGCAUACGUACGUACACCGCAUCUCCCCCCAAGUGUCGCUCGCACAACCCCCUGCCUUAGGGUGUUUAUCUCUCCGAAACUUGGUUUCCUGGGAAGACCCCGACGUCUGUCUUCUGGCUGGAUAUGCCCGUUAUCUCCCCUCUCCUUCUUGAUUCCGCAGAGCAAAGUAAAAAAAAAGAGACCGCAAGGAUCGCAAUCGGAACUGAUGUCUGGAGUAUAUAGAGCGGAGAGUAUCGCCCACCAUGUCUUUGGGUACCAACAAUCCGUUUCGUGCACGACUUGCGGGCGCACCUGGAGGACCUACUUCUCCGCAGUUACAACCCGCCGAUCCCUUCUCUUAUGCACCCCCGGGACGUGAACGACCAAAGUCUCGCAAUCCAUUUCUAGACGUCUUUGACGACGACGCUGGCGAUUUCAACCUUGGAAACGACCAGUCACGACAUACACCUCGCGCAAACUCUUUUGACGUCUCUGCUGGCAAAGGAUCGCUACUUACGGGGAGUGCUAAAGAGCUAUUUGAGAACCUCACUAUUUCCGACAUGAACCGACCAGCACCACCGAACGCUCCCAGAUUCCGGCCUCCACCACCGGGUCACCAUAAAUCGAGCUCUGCCGCCCAGAAUGAGGGUAUAUUGAUCACGUUGGAAGGCUCCUCGCGACCACCGCCGCCCCCAGGUGGCAGGCGUCCACCUCCCCCUCCUGGCAGCCGAAUGGCUCCUCCCCCUCACGAUGCCGAGCGAUCUCGUAACCCUAGCAGAAGACCUCGACGGAACUCUGACUCCUCGGUGAUCGAUGUCCAUGAGAUUGAAGCUCGGGACCGGCAGAGACGGGGAGAUAGACGGCCAGCCGAGAAGGGCCCGUCGACACAGAGCAAAUCGCGUGGUGGUGAUAAGCCACGACGCGAUGCCUCUUCGGACCGGCGGAAGAAGCCCGCUGGGUUGGACGUUAUCGAUAAACUAGAUGUGACUGGAAUCUAUGGCUCUGGAUUAUUCCAUCACGAUGGCCCGUUCGAUGCGUGCAAUCCUCAUCGCAACAAGAGCUCCCGCCGGUUGGCUCCCGUGCAAGCCUUCCCAGCCGAUUCGGCCAACAACUCGAUGAGCGGCUUUGGACCCCUCCCGUCGAAGGCCGAUCACUCGCACAUUUUUGGAAAUGGAAACGGCGAGGCGUUCAACGAUUACACAUCUAACGCUCGCCGCCCUUCUACCACCCGCGCGAUCUCGUUCGAUCCCAAAUCCGCCAUCGAGACGCUUCACGGCGAUGAGUCCCUCGGCUUGGGUACAUCGACCUUCCUAGACGGUGCACCCGCCUCGAAGCUUGCCAUUCAAAAGACGGUGGCGGAGGGCUUCGAUGACCGUCCUCGUUCGUCGAGCGAGGGUGCAUUCGGCAACGGCGGAGGUAUUCAGCGCAAGAAGUCGUUAGUGCAGAAGUUCCGUUCCAUGAAGCCGGGCGAGACACCUAUCGGUGGACGGAGACGUGCACCGCCACCUCCCGGUAACAGACAGCGCUCGCCUUCGGAGGGACGUUCCCCGACGACGCCGAGCAGCGGCGGAGACAGCCCGUUCUUCAACGACUACGACGAUGCCUACGACAAGAAGGGGGAGACCAUCUCGGUCGUCGACAAGGGUGGACGUGAACGGGUUCCCAACUCGCCAAAGAAGCCCCAUCUCAACCGUGUCGGCACCGACGAAGGCAACUCGAACGGACUGAUGAAGAGAGUGAGGAGUCUGUCCAAGCCCAAGCGGAGGGAUUAGGAGG